AUGGCAAUACCUCCCCUUUCUGUGGUUGAGGAGCUUCGGGGUCAGCCGCGACGCACGAAUUCGUGGCUUCGGCAAAUGCCUCAUGCCGUGCUGGCCAGCGAAGCGCAGGAGAUCCUGGCCGCCCUGAGCGAUGCAACUGUGGAGGUGAACGCCUUUCACUUCAGCACAGCAAUGAGUGCUUGCGACAGGUCUGGUCUUUGGCAACACGGCCUGGAGGUGCUCAAAGAAAUGAAGGACAUGCGGAUGCAGCCAAACCUGGUUUGCUGGAAUGGCGCCAUGGCGGCCAGCGAGCACGCCAGCGCAUGGGCAACAACACUGCAGCUGCUCGUGGGUCUCAAAGCUGAAGGGCUGACCGCAGAUGAGAUCAGCAUAAACACUGCGCUGUGUGCGUGCAGGAGGAAAUGA